AUGGCCGACACCGUCACCGUUACGAAUCGUGCUCGGAAUGUCUGUCAUGCCUGCAUGUUGAGGAAAAAGGCAUGCGACAAAAUCUUGCCCACCUGCGGUUUCUGCGCCAGUCACCAGCGACUCUGCAGAUACGAUCUAUCGCAGCCCAAGAGUCGAGUCCACCGAGCAUCUAAUCCAGGCAGAUACUUUGUGCCCCUUCGAUCCCCGUCUCCCACUCUAACUCCGACUCGCCCCUCUACUCUCUGCGUUUCGCCGCAGUCGGUGGAUGAAUCGCUCAAUCAGUUGGCCCAGCACUAUACUCAACUUACCAAGCUUACAUACGACAGCAUCAUCGACCACUACUUUCGAGCCUUCCAUAAAUGGCUCCCUGCAUUAUCGCCCGACUCUUUGCGUCGAGAUGCGUCACGGUAUCGAGAAGAAGGACGUCUUCCACCCGCGGAUUUCACAGUCUUACUUCUCACCAUGCUGCUGAAUAUACUUCCCACCCUUGAUCCCUCUUUGCGACCACCUCGUGCAAGUCAAGAGAUACUCUACACGACCACUAAGUCGGCCUUAUCCCAAGCUCAGGCUUCUCUCUGCACAUCUUUGCGACUCGUGCAGGCGGCACUCCUCAUCGCACUACGUGAAUACGCAUCUCUCCGCCCAGAGACCGCAUACAUCUCCAUGAUGACUUGUGCGGGCUUAGCACGGGUCAUGGGAAUAAAAAUACCCUCAGUGAGUGACUCCCGAUUAGAGGCCAAGGAGAGGGAGAACCUCGCAUGGUCGAUUGCGAUGCUCGAGAGACUUAUAUUGUGUGAGAUGGACCAAAGAGAUCUCCAGCCGCAGACAGAGUAUCCAGGUCCUGAUUGUCGAUUGCCGUCAGAUUUCAACCCAACAGCGGGGCUUGAAUCUCAACCGGGGUCGGACUUGCAAGCGCUGAACCAAGGCACACUUCCAGGCCUAGAUGCCGCUGACGCCGCUCUAUUCGGACGGCAAGCACAGUCGGUCUUUCUACUGGAGCGACUACUGUUCAUCACGCGCUCUACCGCCAGAAAUCCUGAGAUCAAACUUGCAGAAUUGACGGAGCUUGAUAGCAAGGUCCGCAGCUUCCUCGAGGUGCUUCUGAAUGAGCUAGAUUGGUGGCAAACGCUAGUCUGCGUUUCCACUGCGCUCUGUGUCAGGCUACUUUUCCUUCUCCACCAAUCCAUUCUCGACACCCUCGAAUAUCCCAAAAGUGAGAGCGACCAUCAAAAUAUGGGCAGGUCGUCGAGUGGGCUCGACAUGGUGUGCAGAUGGGUUCUUGAUGUUGUGAAAUGGCAAGGUGAAGACAAGGCCAUGAUAAUGCCAAUAUGCACUUUCUACAAUCUUCGGGCAGCUACAAAACGCUUGCAGGAGCGGAACAAACAUGUCGUGGUUGAGCUGCUGUCUCGUGUCAUUGACGAUCUUCUGGGUGCCCAAGAGGCUUACCACAAGACGUGGGUAUUCUAG